GUCACUUGUCUCUGAUACCUACUUGAUUUUGCUUUAUUUUUAUUUUUAAUUUUAAAUUCGUAUCACUUAUUCACUGUGCUUAUUCACUACAAAAAUAUAAUUGGGGAAUCCUUUAAAAUAAAUUACGGUACAGAGAUUUUCUCAGAAGAAUAAUUAAAGUACUCAAAUAAAUAUGUUUUUCAAGACAUUUUGACUUGUGUUGUGGCUGUGCAGAUUUUGGUAAAGACAAUGAACUCUUUUAUGAAUCUAACUUGGAAAUGGGAAUACAUAUGUGGCCCACAGGGCCUGGUUCCAUGGAACGAUACGACAAAGGACAUUGGAAUGUGUUUUCAAGAGUUGUUCUUUCAAAUACCUAUAUUUUUUACAUUCGCUAUAACUUCAGCUUAUUACGUGGGAUUAAGAAAAAAUUGGGUAGUAAGAGAAAAGACUCAAGAACGGUCAAUUACUCUUCGCAGCUUUGUAGCAUUAGCACUUGUCUCCAUUCCAAUAAUACACAUGUAUAUCAUCAUAUCUGAUGAUGGAUUUAGGCUAUAUCCUAUUGAUUACUUUGCUGCUGGAGCAGCGUGUAUAUCGUGGCUGGUUCACUUUGGGUAUGUCAUAGCACUGAAACAUCGCUUGGGGCAAAGUUCUCGUGGUCCAAUAAGUCAACUUGUUUUAUGGAGUCUCACAGUGCUGUUUAGUAUUAUUGAACUUCGAAGUAAUAUUCUUAUUGGUGCUCCUACAUCAUUUGACAUUGCCAUAUUAUGUUGCCAUUUUGUAUAUUUCCUGACUUUGCUACCAGCGAGUGAUUCCAGACCAACAUUUUACUCACCAUGCCUUGUCGGCUCUCAACAUUCUCAUAGUGAAUACACCCCACUUCUACCUCAAGGCGAUGAAGGGGUCCUUGGUACGGCUAUGCAAGGUGCAAACUGGUGGUCUAAACUGUGUUUUUCAUGGGUUGAUCCACUCUUACAAAAAGGGUUUGAAAACAAGCUACAAGACCUAGAAGAACUAUAUGACAUUCCAGCACGGUAUAGAUGUACUUAUGUUGGUGCAAGGAUGGACAAGGCGCUGAUUGGUAAUGUUGAUAAUUACCAACAGUUCACUGAAGUGCCACAUCAACCAUUUAUUGGACCUGGCUAUGGGGCAACAAGUGAAACAUUGCCUCAAUCAUCUACACCAGUCACUCCCACCUCUCGAGUGCUGCUACGCCCAAUACGACGGCAAAAUGUCUCAUUGUUUCGUGCGCUGCACAGUUGCUUCGCUCUUCAAUUUUAUGGCAUUGGAAUGCUCAAACUGAUCUCUGACAUGGCAGGCUUUGGUGGACCUAUACUACUCAAUAAACUAGUCACUUUUGUUGAAGAUGACAGUAUUGAUCAACAUUAUGGAUAUAUUUAUGCUGCAACGCUUCUAGCAGUUACAAUAAUAUCUGCUUUAUUUAAUGUUCAUUUCACUUGGUUAAUGUCUAUGAUUGGCCUCAAAAUGCGCGGAGCCAUAGUGUCCACUAUUUUGAGAAAGACACUUAGUGUGACUUCGACUGAACUCAAUAAAGCUUUUUCUAUUGGGGAAAUAACAAAUUUUAUGUCAACUGAUACUGACAGAAUUGUGAACUCUUGUCCCAGUUUUCAUGCGCUCUGGAGUAUACCAUUGCAGUUAUUCAUCACAUUGUUCCUUUUGUAUCAACAAGUUGGCAUAUCAUUUUUGGCUGGCGUGGCAUUCUCAGUAAUUCUUAUACCAAUAAAUAAAAUAAUUGCAAAUAAGAUUGGACAGUUGAGUACAGAAAUGAUGAAACACAAAGACACGCGAGUGAGCCUGAUCAGCGACAUGCUCCGCGGGAUACGCACUGUAAAAGUGCACGUGUGGGAAGACUACUUCAUUGAUAAAGUUUCAGAGGCCCGUGCGAGGGAGCUGCGGUAUCUGCGCGGGCGCAAGUACCUGGACGCGGUGUGCGUGGUGCUGUGGGCGACGACGCCCGUGCUGGUGGCGGCGCUCACGCUGGGAACGCACGCGCUGCGCGGACAAGUGCUAAGCGCGCCUACUGUCUUCACAACUAUAGCAUUGAUCAAUAUGUUGAUUGCGCCAUUGAAUGCUUUCCCUUGGGUACUGAAUGGACUGACUGAAGCUUGGGUUUCUAUGAAACGUAUCCAGAAACUUCUAGAUCUCAGAGACAUGGACAUGGAACAUUAUUAUGAUCGACUGAACAUAAACCGCGACGAAGACAAAGUUAUUAUAAUUAAAAACGCUACAUUUACAUGGGCGAAAUCUUCCAUCCGUAGAAAAUCAAUGCCGAAAUCAAAGAAAAACAAGGGCAAAUCUCAAAAGAAGCUAUCCAAAUACAGUAUUCAGAGGAGGGAUUCAGAGUCGUCUAAUGAGACGUUUAUACAAGAACCGUUCAAGUUACAAGAUAUAUUUUUCGAGAUUGGUAAAGAAGAAUUAGUCGGUAUUGCCGGACCAGUGGGUAGUGGGAAGACGUCGCUGUUGUUAGCAAUUAUAGGGGACAUGCUGAAACAGGCGGGGGAUAUUCAAAUACCCGAAUUUCUUAAUAGUUUUGGUUAUGUGUCCCAGCAGCCGUGGCUCGUACGUGGGACUAUACGUGACAACAUAUUAUUUGGGAAACCUUAUGACGAAUCGAAGUUUAGAUCGGUCAUUGACGCUUGUGCAUUAACAGAGGAUCUGAAUCUGUUGGGCUGGAACGCAUACGUGGGCGAAGGCGGCUGCACCCUCAGUGGCGGACAGCGGGCGCGAAUAUCACUCGCACGGGCCGUGUACCAGGAUAAACAAGUGUACCUGUUGGAUGAUGUAUUGUCGGGCGUCGACGCGACAGUCGCGCAGCACAUAAUGCAACGCUGCAUCCUGGGCCUGCUGCGGCACACGGCGCGCGUGCUCGUCACGCACUCGCCGCGACACCUGGCGCGCACACACCGCGUGCUGCUGAUGCAGGACGGAAGGAUAGUCACGCAAGGUCCACCGGAAACAGUGCUAAACGAAAUAGAAGAAUUUCUGCCCAGUGAAACUGAAUGCGAAGGCGAAGAGCCCCCACUCAAACGCGACAUGGAGGACAAACAACUUGACGAGCUAGACGUCGUUAGUCGAAACAGUUUGGAUAAUGACGAAAGUAUGUCCGAAGGCACAGUUGGUUGGUGGGUCAUCGGCCUAUAUCUACGCUCAGUGGGUGGCUUCCUAACAAUGUGCAUCGUAAUAUCGCUGAUACUCAUGCAACUGUCUCAAAACUUCACAUUCGUUUGGCUCACGUUCUGGGUCAGAAACAAAAGCAACAAUUCCGUGAAUGCACUAGUAAUUGACAACGUGCACGAAAACACUACAGCUCUCGACCAUAGCUUUAACGUGUUGGACAAUAUUGUACACAAUAUAGUAAACACUUCGAUGACGAUUAUCAACAAUUUCAGUGGGAAUAAUAAUAAUAAUAGUACAAUUGUAACUGAUAACUACAAUUUAGCAAGCAACAUGUAUUCUACGCAAUCUCAAGUAUUAAAAGCGUCAGCACUCACAGACAAUUAUUACUUGGAAGUGUAUUUCGGUUUGGCUGGACUAAAUCUAGUAUUCACUAUCAUGCGUGCGUUCUUGUUCGCUUAUGGAGGUCUUAAAGCUGCAGCCAAGAUACACAAAAUACUUCUGAAAGUUAUUGUAAAGGCAAACGUGAAAUUUUUCGAUGUAACCCCUACAGGACGCAUAGUUAAUAGAUUCUCUUCAGAUACAUACACAGUGGACGAUUCACUACCAUUUAUCUUAAAUAUAUUGCUCGCACAAAUAUUUUCCUUGAUUGGCGCGGUGGUGGUUACAGUCUACGGUCUGCCUUGGUUGCUAGUGGGCGUCUUACCUAUGACUUUCAUAUACUACAGAUUACAGCGACGCUAUCGGAUCACUUCCAGGCAACUCAAAAGAUUGCAGAGUGUAGCGUUGUCGCCGGUCUACGUACAUUUUAAUGACACACUUGAAGGUUUGAGCAGUAUCCGCGCUCUGGGCGCGGCGGCGCGGUGGGCGGAGCGCGGCGAGGAGAGCGUGGAGCGCUGGCAGCGCGCGGCGCUAUGCGGCGCGGCGGCGGCGCAGUGGCUGGCGCUGCGCCUGCAGGCUGCCGCCGCCGCCGCCGUGGCGGGCGCCGCGCUCGUCGCCGUGCUGCAACGCGCCACACAUGCCGCUGAUCCGGGACUCGUGGGCCUGGCCAUAUCGUACGCUUUGUCGAUGACUUCAAUGCUGAGCAGCGUGCUGAACUCAUUCACUGAGACCGAGCGAGAGAUGAUUGCCGUAGAGCGAGUCGGCGAAUAUAUUACACAGAUAGAAAGUGAAAAAAUAGAUGGAGACUCACCACCCUAUGGCUGGCCUUCCCAUGGAGUUAUAAGUUUUGAGGAUGUACACCUUAAAUAUGGAGCAAGGGACAGCGGCGAGGCGCUGCGAGGCGUGACGUUCUCGAGUCACCCCGGCGAGCGGCUGGCGGUGGUGGGGCGCACGGGCGCGGGCAAGAGCUCGCUGCUGCGCGCCGUGCUGCGUCUCGCGCCGUGCGCCGCGGGCCGCGUGCGCGUCGACGGCAUCGAUGUCGCCACGCUGCACUUACAGGCGCUCAGAUCUCGUAUCGGUAUAAUUCCGCAAGAGCCGUUCAUAUUCUCGGGCAGCAUCCGCGAGAACGUGGAUCCGCUGCGGCAGUACUUGGACGCGGAGGUGUGGCGCGCGCUGGACGCGUGCGGUGCGCGGGACGUGGUGAGCGCGCGCGGCGGCCUGGCCGCGCCCGCGGGGCAGCUGUCGCGCGGCCACGCUCAGGUGCUGUGCCUCGUGAGGGCUUUGCUGCAGAAGGCUAAGAUCCUACUCGUAGACGAGGCGACGGCUAACCUCGACCAAGAGAGCGAGCGAGUCAUCCUGGACACUAUCCGCUGCUCGUUCGGCGGCAGCACCGUGGUGUUCGUGGCGCACCGCCUGGCCGGCGUGCUGGAGUGCUCGCGGGUGCUGGUGCUGGGCGGAGGCCGGCUGCUGGAGCUGCGGCCGCCCGAGGACGCGCUCGCCGACCCCACUUCACAUCUCUACAGACUGCUGCAUCCAGACCAGUAACAGACAUCACCCCUUUGCGAUACCAGUCGCUGCACGUUCGGCGACAGCACCGUGGUGUUGGUGGGGUAAGUUCUGCAUUGACACGAACAAAGCAUACUCGAGCGGAGUGCGCUUGGGUAGUUAGAUGCUAGUUGUAUCGUGGAAACUAGCAUCUAUGACGUGAAGGGUGAUUGCCGCCGUCGAGGCGUUGAUAAGUGUCGUGGACGCGGUGGCACGACACGUGACAUUGGUUCCCUUUGUCGUCGAUAAAGUGCCACUCGUCUAUAAGAAUACUAGGAAGAAUGGUGUCUUAAUUUAAUUUUGAUACAUUCCGUCUUUUAUUCACUAUCAAAUUGUGUAAUAUAUUAAAAAAAAGAUUAUUAUAUGUCUGUUCGUUACCUAUGCGUUCACAAAUCUUUCUCCAUACCUUAACCUUAAUAAAUUACCUUAAGGUAUAAUAAAUAGGUGACGAGCGAGUCGCAUGGCAACGCAUGCUGGACAUUACCCAGUAUUGUAUAAAAACGUUAAUUAGUAGUGUAAGUUAAAUAAAUUUUUCAAUUUGUUUCCGUGUAUGACUGAUUUUUGAAACAAAUUGAUUUGAUUUUGAACUGAUUGUAAUUUACGAGAUAUACGUCAUUAUUAUUAUUGCAUGUACGAGUAAGAUUAUAUUAAUGUUAUCGAAGUAUAUUUUUGUAGUAAGAGAUUCCGCAUAUGGUCUACCUUGACCCAUCUGUUAACUAUAUUAUGUCUUAUUUAGAACCGCGGCCUAAUGGUCAAGGCAUCGGGCGUGAUUCCUAGAAGAUGCAGGUUCGAAUCCUGACGGUUCCGCAAUUUUUGAUAUGUAUUUAAGAAUUAUUUAGAGUACCUAAAACGACUUUAACAGGUUUUAGGCAGCAAAGGCGACCUUUUUGUACUAGUGAGGUGAAAACAAUUUUUUUCUAUAUCACCCAACAGCUUGUGAAGCAAACGACUUUGACACAUUAUUGUAGAGUAGCGUGUCUUGAUGUCUUGGUGUCCUGUCUCUCUCUAUCCAUACUAAAUGUAUGAAACCGAUAUGCUUAUGACGUUGCGACACCACACGACACGCUAGUAUAUUUGUUGCUUUAUACAGUCUUGGCCCACUUUUUAUUAGGAUGGAUAUUAUGGAUCAAAUAUCCUUAUGAGCAUCUCAAAAUCUUAGGCUGAGAUCUAUAGAGCGCACUUUGACUUUGCUCAGACUUAAGACACUGUUAAAACGAGACAAGGUUAUGCCGCUGGCAUAAAUCUGUCUCGUUUUGACUGAAACUUAAGUCUAAGCAAAGUCAAAGUGCGCUUUAUAAUUUCAACUUUAGUGACCGAUUUUGACGCCCUUAAAGUUAAGAAACGGUUCUGUAUUUGGCUGCAUGAUAUAAAACACAAUAGAGUUUGUAGCAUAUUAUAUUAUUUUCAUGUAAAUGUGUAUUAAUUGCUUGUAAGUAAAUAAUAAUUUAAUUAAUGUUAAAUGAAUUAAAUCUAUUGAAAUGAGAUUUUCAGUUAGUUAGCUUUCUGGGAACGAAAGUGUAAAGAACUUUAAUUUCAUUAUAAUUUAAAAAGAAAUCGAUAUUUGAAAUCACAGUCAAACCUAUUAUUUUUAAACAUUAAAAUUAUUUUAAGAAAGAAUAUUUUUAUAUUAGUGCUAUUAAUAAGUCGGCCGCACGUUACAGCCAGAGUAAGUCGAUCGCACAUUAUAGCCAUUAUAUAUGCAACGUCCAACGCAGCGCUUUUUACCCGACUGCGGCAAAGCCAAAAGGAAGGGUUAUGAUUUUUUUGAUCUAAUGAAAAAUGCGAAUGACGUAAUAAUACCGCUCUUUCGGCUCAUCUGUAAUGUGCGAUCAAUUUUACUUAACUUUUUCAAUUAGAUGCCUUGUGAUAUAAAUCAUGACAAAGACUAGCGUUCAUUAUAGACGAAUCGAGUCAUGUCGACAAUUUCGCGAACUGAAUCCAGUACAAGUUCAAGCAAAUUCGAUUCAGUGGGUGCAAUCGAUUCGCUAAAGCGCGCCAAGACCUUUAGAAGCAAUUAAUUAGUAAAUUCAGGGUGACAAAUAAAUCGAUUCGGCAAUCAUAUGGACGCUAGGCUUUAGUUUUCGUAAUCUACAUGUUUCGCUCUUCAGGUUGUUUGUAGGGGUAGUCGAUAUAGUCGAAUAUUUCUUCUUCCGAUGUGAUCGGCACGGGCUCUCCAGGCACACCUUUAAAUUAUUAUGUAACGUAAAUAACUGUCGAUCUCUCAAAAGUUAUAUAGUGCAUACAUUUUGAGAACGCAGUUGCCAUUUUUGCUGUGUCAACUGGCAUGUAAAAAGUAUGAUUUUAGUCCUUAGGUAAACCAUACUAAAUCUUAGGGUAAACCGGACUUUUGACAUGACACUUGACACGAAGAGUAAAUAUGGCGAGUGCGUCCUCAAUGCAUUUACAUAUAAAUUAUUAUAAAUUGAUAUUUUUCUUAAUAAAAGUCUGAAAAU